UUGUCUGAUUUAUCCAGUAGCAGUAACUUGAGAGCUUGAUGGAUUUCAAACACAUUCAGAGUUAUGAGGUAACACAGAGUUAUGAGGUAACGCAUAGUGGGUCCUCCCUUCACCAAAAAUCAGGAUUAAGUCAAAUCUAAAAUCAGGAUAACUUUAAAUCAAAUCUAAAAUCAGGAUUAUUUUAAAUCAAAUCUAAAAUCAGGAUAACUUUAAAUCAAAUCUAAAAUCAGGAUUACUUUAAAUCAAAUCUAAAAUCAGGAUUAUUUUAAAUCACAUCUAAAAUCAGGAUUAUUUCAUGCCAAAUCUAAUGUCAGGAAUAUUUGAACAAAAACCUUUAACUAGAAACGUUGAUGGCAGAUGAUUUACGGAUGCAGAGGUAUUUCAGGAACUAACUGCCCCAUUGGCCCUGCCUGGCCUGGCCCCACUCCCAUAAAGAGAACCUUGCCCUUUUGCUUUUCUGCUGAGCUUUCAGGAAACAGAGUAUAUACCUUCCAAAUCUGCUCCUGUCUCUGUCUUGCCUGUUGCUCUCAUCCCCACUUCAUUUACUUGUACAUUCACUGGGUUUAUAGGUGAGAUGUUCUUCUUUCCUCUCUGCUCCGUCUGUAACAAAUGUGCUGUAUAUUCAUGUAUUCAUCUAUUGGUACCAGAUUGCAUGUGGUCCGUCCCAUGUGGGAAUAGAUGUGACUUUUGGACCAGAUUGCAUGUGGUCCGUCCCAUGUGGGAAUAGAUGUGACUUUUGGACCAGAUUGGGUGUGGUCCAUCCCAUGUGGGAAUAGAUGUGACUUUUGGACCAGAUUGCAUGUGGUCCAUCCCAUGUGGGAAUAGAUGUGACUUCUGGACCAGAUUGGGUGUGGUCCGUCCCAUGUGGGAAUAGAUGUGACUUGGACCAGAUUGCACGUGGUCCGUCCCAUGUGGGAAUAGAUGUGACUUUUGAACCAGAUUGGGUGUGGUCCGUCCCAUGUGGGAAUAGAUGUGACUUUUGUACCAGAUUGGGUGUGGUCCGUCCCAUGUGGGAAUAGAUGUGACUUUUGGACCAGAUUGGGUGUGGUCCAUCCCAUGUGGGAAUAGAUGUGACUUCUGGACCAGAUUGGGUGUGGUCCAUCCCAUGUGGGAAUAGAUGUCACUUUUGGACCAGAUUGCAUGUGGUCCAUCCCAUGUGGGAAUAGAUGUGACUUCUGGACCAGAUUGCAUGUGGUCCAUCCCAUGUGGGAAUAGAUGUGACUUUUGGACCAGAUUGGGUGUGGUCCGUCCCAUGUGGGAAUAGAUGUGACUUCUGGACCAGAUUGUGUGUGGUGUGUGAGCUCUGAUAGUUUAGAAAGCUUUCAGAAUAGAAUAGAAGAUAACUUUAUUUUUCUCAAGAGGAAACUUGGGUUGAGGCAUUCGGAUAGUCACAGGUGUUUGUCUGUGUGUUUUAGACAGACAAGUGUUGGAAGAGAUACAUCCAAGGCCAGAUUUUCAGCUGUUGUUUUCUCUGUAGUUCAGAGUGAAUGUGGUGUUAAAGGCUCUUGUGUUUCUAUUUGCCCAGUUGCUCGUUUAUAAGCUCUGUCAAAAAGGACUGAAGUUUGUUUAGAGAUAAAGCUUUGGCAUGGUAGAGGUGGAUUGUCGCUGUAUGUCUUAUAAUUGUAAACUUGAAUUGAUGUUGUAGUUUCACAGUUUACUUCAAAUGGCUUAUGGAUUGUUUGAGGUUAUUCCAAUAGAUUUGUUGAGAUUCAACUAUAUACAAAGGAAAAUCCAAUUGGGUAAUUUCAUACAUUCUGAACAUACAUUUUGUGAAUGUCAGCUGUAUUUUCUGAAAGGACCUAUUUUGGUGCCAUAAUCCUUAUGGACUCCUGCGUGACCAAAGAUUUCAGGAAAUGAGAGUCUUGUUGAUUUGCUAUCAACCUUGGGAAGGGUUAUAUUGUACAGAUUCAAAGACAUUCAUUCAUCAACCCCUCCCUCUUUAACCAGCAGGAAUUAUACUCUUGAUGUUGUUGGACUGCUGUGUUACAUUUGGGUAAACUGAUCCAAGCAAAUUAUUGAUCAAGUUAUUGACCAUUCAUUAUCUAAUGUCUGUUGCAUUUCUUUUUGAUAUGCAAUUGCGCAUGACUUGCAUUGGGUCAACCUUGAAAUCCUUGGUUUCUACCCCGCCCCGCCCCGCCCCGACCCCCCCACCCCCCCACCAAAUUACAUAAAAUAACAACAGCUCAAAAUGAAUAAACUGUUUACUGUUUGUUCAUCUCUUGACACAGGAAGUAAAACAAAACAACAGGCCAAAAUGUCUGAUAAAAAGAUGACAGCGAGCCGUAGGAACUACCUGAAGAGCUUGAUGCUCCAGAUCGCUGCCGGCUUGCUCGAGGCUGAGGCGGUUGAGGCUGAGGCAGAGAAGGCCAGGUAUAUGAAGGAGAACUGCCCUGCGCCAGAAUUCUUGGUAUGCAUGGCAGAGCUCACGGACUUGUGCAAGAAGCUCCAUCAGAAGAUCGAGAGAGUUGAUGAGGAGAGAUACGACAUGUCAACCAAGGUGACCAAGUCCGAGAAGGAGGUUGAGGACUUGAAGAUGAAGGUAGUUGAACUGAAUGGAAAGUUCAGGAAGCCCGUCCUGAAGAAAGUCCGCAUGUCUGCUGAUGCUAUGCUCCAGGCUCUGCUGGGCUCCAAACACAAGGUGUCCAUGGAUCUGAGGUCCAACCUGAAGCAAGUCAAGAAGGAGGUCAAGGAAGAGGACAAAGAUGCUGUGGGUGACUGGCGUAAGAACAUCGAAGACAAAUCAGACAGAAAGAAGAUGUUUGAGACUCAUAAGGAGUAGAUGUUCCUGGAGUUCCAGACAGGAAGAUGUUUGAAACAGCUACGUG